AUGCUUAAUGAGUUGAGUCUCGAGGAUAAGCUCAUUUCUAUUAUAGGCGACAACGCCAGUAAUAAUGAGGCCAUGGCAUCGGAGUUAUACUUCUCUCUUUCCGACCGACCUAGGAUUAACCGAAGUCCUCAGCGCCGACAGAAAUGGAAGGAGAUUUGCAGACUCAACAAUCUCCCAGACAAAUUCGUUGCGUACGAUGUUACGACACGAUGGAACUCGACAUUUCGCAUGGUCGAUGAUGGCUUGAAGUCAAGGCAACAAGUCAACAAGUUCCUAAACCUUCAGGAGGAACUUCCGCCGUUCACUCUCCAAGAUUGGUCACGACUGGAACAGAUUCACGCAGUACUCCACAAGUUCAAUGAGCUUACUUUGUUCAUUUCGAAACGCAAUCCUGAUCUAAAUACACCCCAUCUUUUCUACCCUGAGCUCCAAUCCAAUUACGAUGAGGUCACCGAUUCUUUCGAUUCUAUGGACCUGAAGCCUGACCUGCUUCGGGGUAUCCAUUUCUGUGGUUUCAAGCGCCCCUCCGCUAUAUAG